GUCACUGAACACCAGCUCUAUGGGGGCAGGAUUCUGCGUUUACGUCAAGCCCACCCUCGGUUUGAGGAGACACGCAGCAGGAACCCUCUUCCUCUAAUCCGACACAUUAGGGUCGGCUCCAGGAAGCCCCCCCGGCUCCUCCCCUGUGUUGUUUUUCUGGUGCUGCCACAACCAACAUUUAUUUGCAUUUUGCAGUUCACACUUGUUGCUUUUGCGAAAUGACUAAUUGCUCCCCCAUUUCUAACAGGCCCCACCCAGCCAUCAAUCACCCCGUCCCCGAUCCACCAGCCAGGCUCCUCCCCUCUUUAUGAUGCCACGCCCACAUCAGGGGGGGAAAGGAGCCCUCCCUCCUCCUCCCUCUCUCUUUUCCCCUGGAUCUAUCCAGCAAGCGGAGGGAGCCUAGGGAGGGCUGCCGCGCUCUCUUUGGGAGUCCCCCGCUUCCCUUGCAUAACCCCGCAGGCAGUAGGUUAUACAACCGGCCUUCCCCCCGCCCACCCCAAGCCAUUCAUAAAAUGUAACCACGCCUCCUCUCGCCUGCUUAACCCCGACCCCACGUUCUAAGUCCCCCCCGCCUUACAGCACGCCUUCCUCUCCAGCUGUUGUGAUGUAUUCCUUCUUGGGGAGUCAUGGAGGAAGAAGACCUUGAGCAUUCGAGCAGAUCGUAUGGAACCCUGAUGGUGUGUUUUGGUGUUUUGCUUUUGGCCAAUUCGUCAUGCUGUUCAAGAUGGCAGCCCUUCAAAGUGCAAACAACACCCCUUUGUAACCCAUGUGCUGUUGGUUGGAUACAAAGCAAAUUCCCAGCACUUGAGAGGGUGUCCUAGGUCCCAAGGCUGGCUGGGUGGUUGGCUGCCUGCCUGGCGCCCCACCUCCAUGUCCCAUCUCAAGAAUGUGGAAGCUCGAAUCCUACAGUGCCUCCAGAACCGGUUUGUGGCCCGGUACAUCUCCCUCCCAAAUCAGGCCAAGAUUUGGACGGUAUCCCUGUCCCCAGAACGGGGCAGGGGGCGCACUCCUCUGGUGAUGGUGCACGGCUUCGGCGGGGGCGUCGGUCUCUGGAUCCUCAACCUGGAUCCUCUGAGUGCCCGCCGCCCUCUCCACGCCUUUGACCUCCUCGGCUUCGGACGGAGCUCCCGACCCCCCUUUCCCCAUGAUGCCCAAGGGGCCGAGGAGGAGUUUGUGAGCUCCAUCGAGGCCUGGCGCCAGGAGAUGGGCAUCCCUAGCAUGAUUCUGCUGGGCCACAGCCUUGGGGGCUUCCUGGCAGCCUCCUACAGCUUGCAGUACCCGGAGAGGGUGAAGCAUCUGAUCCUUGUAGACCCCUGGGGCUUCCCCGUGCGGCCGACUGACCCGAAUCAGAUCCGUAACCCCCCGACCUGGGUGAAGGCUGUGGCGACUGUGCUGGGGCGUUCCAAUCCACUGGCUGUUCUGAGGGUUGCUGGACCGUGGGGUCCCGGUUUGGUGCAGCGCUUCCGUCCAGACUUCAGGCAGAAGUUUGCUGAUUUCUUCGACGACGAUACCAUCUCAGAAUACAUCUACCAUUGCAAUGCCCAAACACCCAGUGGCGAGGCUGGGUUCAAGGCCAUGUCGGAGGCGUUCGGUUGGGCCCGGCGCCCCAUGUUGGAUCGGAUCCACCUGGUGCGGCGUGAUUUGCCGAUCACCCUCAUCUAUGGUGCCAAUUCCUGGAUUGAUACCAGCACGGGGGAGAAAGUCAAGCAGCUGCGGCCGGGCAGCUACGUCUCUGACAUGGCGAUUCCGCAUGCCUCUCACCACGUCUAUGCCGACCAGCCCCAUGCCUUUAACGCUGCCGUGGAAGAGAUCUGCAGCUCUGUUGACUGACGGCAUGUGAGCCAGAGAAGGAAAGAAACGCCCGGCUCUCCAGCCCCCAUCUGGUUGCUGGGACAUGCACAAGACCCGCCCUUUGCGCACCAAAGGAGCGGAGACUGAAGCUCCCCCUGAGUUGGUUGCAAUGUGGUCUUGAAGGACGUCUUGCCCUGCUUCCCUUCCUUGACUUCCCCAUUAAUCUUCACUCUACUUAAAGGUUGCAGGCCGCCUGCGUUGGGUUAACCUAAGCUCUAAUCAUUUUAUUUUCUAUGAAUUUCCUAUGUCUCCUGGUUUGCUUUAUGUAACCUCUCCCUACAAUUCAUUCCUCUUUUAGAUUAUCCUCUCCUUUGGCUAUUGUUCCUUCCCUCGUUUCCGGUCCAUGGUGUCUCUGUAACACCAUCCACAGCACUUGUGUUCCACCACUGCUACCAUGAUAGCCACGCUGGAAUAAUGUCCUACAGCCCCAGGGUGGGCAACUAGAUUUUCUAGUAGGGUUGGUUUUCUUCUAUACCGGAGGUACUAUCAUUGAUCCAACCGGUCAAAACUAACUGGUUUAUGAAGCCGGAUAGGAUGCCAUGGCCUUUCCUUCUGGUGGAUGCCAUUCUUAAUCUACCCAGAUCAAAAAGAGUGCCUGGAUUGAGGGGGCAUGGAAUUUGGGGUCUUUCUUCUUUUGAUGCUGCUCUUCUCUGUUAUCAACACCAUCUUGAACACCAUUGGGGUAUGUCACAUUUGUUUGAAGGGAGAGCAUGAUCACAUCAUGAUGAGGGUCUGGCUGAGGAGGCUUGACAACCGCCUGUGCCCACCAUGAUUUUGAAUGUUGGCCAAGGCAAUAACUCCAUGGACAUCUGCAAGGAGAGCUUAGUGGGUGGGGUGGAGAAAGGCCUAAAAGGAAACUCUGACCUCCAGCUUCACUUGGGCUCAAGAAAGUAAGAAGGUCAAUAGCACCUCAAGUUUGAUCUGCGGUCCAGCUGCAUCCUUCUUGAUGCACUGGAAGCUUGGAGAUCCGUACUAACCAGGAAAUGGUCAGAGCAUCCCAGUAGGAGAUGAACAUCUUGGCCCUACCUGCUGUGGGCUGAGGAGGCAGCCUGGCAGUAGCCUCACCACCUUCAUCAAGUACCAAGCUGCUAACCUUUGAACUUCUCACAACUCUUGGACACCACCAUUACUUACAUUUCACUCACCACCAUGGAAAAUCCACUGACACCAGUCGGAAUUCCACUUUUUUUUUUUUAAUGGAGAAUUCUGUUGAAAUUAACUGCAGUCCUUUUGAACCUGUUGGACAAGUCCUCAUAUAAAACCCCACUGUGGAAAAUCAAAAGCUCAAUUUCAACAGAAUUCCGAGUUUGCUAUUGAAAGAGAGGCUGUUUCACAGCACGGAGUAGUAGAACCUCUUCCAUUCUCCACCUAGUGGUUGCAAAACAGAUGACAAAAGCCUUAUUGGAGGAGGUUUGUGAUUCAGCCUGCUUUUUCCCAUGCUGUGUGUUCCCACCUAGGAAAUCCAUCCUUCACACCCCACACAUGGAACACCACCUAGCUACCAUCUUGGAUGUUGGGGGGUGGGGGAGAAAUCCUGUCUCCUUAUGCUUUCUUUAUUUCUCUUUGCUCAUGGAAGAUCUCAUUUUCCACAGGGUAGCCGAAUCCUCUGCUCUCCUGUUAUAUGAGGCCUUGGCUGAGGUCGGCGGAGACGCAUUUAACAGCAGCGCAAAAAGAUUUGUCUUGUCACCUUGGGCCUUUUGGGGAGCUGGGGCUUCUCUUUUCUUACUGCGUGUGUGCGCGCGCCUGCUCUGAGGUGCCAUACUAACAUCCUCUCUAACAUAGGACAUGUGUGGCCCUGUCUGCCUCCCUUGUGCUUUGUAUAAAAUUCUCCUUGGUUUGUACUAGAUUUUGUAUGUUUAAUAAAGAAAACAAAAUUAUUUAAAAAACCAAA